UUUCAAUGAAAAAAAUUGUCGUGAAGAUGAGAAUUGAUAGAAGGGAGAGAGAGAGAGAAGAGGAGCGAUUGGCGGUCUUCUCUUUUUGCUCUGAAUUUCUGAUACGUAACGUUCAACUUUGGAAUAUAUUUCUAUUCAUUUCUUCUCUCUCUAUCUCUCUCUCUUUUAAAAAGCUUUUUCACUUUUUUCUCUCUUUAACCGUCUUCUUCCUUCUUCUCUUCUCUGCAACUCUCUUCCCCAACCAAAUGCUUCCUAAAUCCACCGGAAUCCUCUGGCUCGACGGCGACCAUGACGACGCCACUUCUUGGACCACAACUAACCACCACAACGACGACCCUAUCGCCAUUGCCGCCGCUUCCAUUUCCUCCUUCAAAUCCAUGCUCGAAUCCGACUGGUACAUCAACUCUACUACUACUACUCCUCUCAAUCCUUCUCACCAAGACUUCCAUUCCCUUUCUUCUCACCCGGACAUUCCACACCUUCCUUUCUCUUCCAAUCCUUCCGAUAACUUCCUCUUACACCCUAUAGAUUCCUCCUCUUCCUGCUCUCCUUCUCACGCUUUUCCUCUCGAUCCUGCUCAUUCCCACUCCAUCUUGCCUUCUCAUAAAUCUUCCUGCUUCUCUUCUCUCCUUAACGUCGUUUGUGGCAGUAAUUUUGAUAAUGCCUUCGAUUUAGGAGGUGAGAGUGGUCUGCUUGGACCUUACCAAGGGAACCAAGCUUCCAAUUCCUCCGUUUUGAUGGGAUUCACUGGCAUUUCGUCUCUUCCUCAAAUCGGUAAUCAGGAACUCAGCUUAAACAACUCGGAACUCAGCUUAAACAACUCGGAUUUUCCGGCCACUCGGUUGCUUCCGGUUGUCGAUAACCCUCUCGCAUUCGGCGCUGGAUUUAAUCCGGCGGCUGCUUUUGAAAGCUUCGAUGACUCCGGGAAUGCUCUGUUUCAGAACAGGUCUAAGGUUUUGAAACCUCUCGAAGUGUUCCCGCAAGUCGGUGCGCAGCCGACGCUGUACCAGAAGCGGGCGGCGCAUCGAGUUGGCUCUGCCGGACCUGAUAAACUAGAGAAUUUGGAGGUUUCGGGUUUUAAAUUAGGAGAAGGCUCAAUGUGGACGCCCAAUUUGGAGAGGCUGAGGAAGAUGACGGGCGACGAGGACAUUGAGGACGGCAGCGUGGAUGUUUCUCGCUUGAAUUACGAUUCCGACGAGCCCAAUGAGCAUAAUAAGCAAGAAGACAAUGUUAAUGCUAAAAACUGCGGAAGCAAUUCCAAUGCCAACAGUACUAUAACUGGCGGAGACCAGAAGGGGAAGAAGAAGGGGCUGCCGGCGAAAAAUCUCAUGGCGGAGCGGCGGCGGAGAAAGAAACUGAAUGAUAGACUUUACAUGCUUAGGUCCGUCGUACCCAAGAUAAGCAAGAUGGAUAGAGCUUCAAUACUUGGAGAUGCCAUUGACUACUUGAAGGAGCUUCUUCAAAGGAUAAAUGAUCUCCAUAAUGAACUUGAGUCGACUCCUCCUGGUUCUUUGUUGCAGCCUUCUGCAAGUUUUCACCCUUUGACGCCGACGCUGCCGACUCUUCCCUGUCGUGUCAAAGAGGAGCUGUGUCCAAGCUCCUUGUCCAGCCCCAAUACCACCCAGCCUGCCAGGGUUGAAGUUCGGGUCAGAGAAGGCAGAGCUGUCAAUAUUCACAUGUUUUGUUCUCGCAAGCCGGGUCUUUUGCUAUCCACCAUGAGGGCUUUGGAUAACCUCGGCUUGGACAUCCAACAAGCUGUAAUCAGCUGUUUCAAUGGAUUUGCUUUAGAUAUCUUUAGCGCUGAGCAAUCUAAGGAAGGUCAAGAGAUCUUACCUGAGCAAAUAAAAGCAGUGCUGUUGGAUUCAGCUGGUUUACAUGGUGUUAUAUAACUGAAGCUAUCAUCAAAUGAAGCAGCUAGCCCUUCCAUUGAUGGAUGGAAUAACUGAUGUGUUUUAUGCAUCAACAAAUUCUGUAAAUCCAACAACAUUCAGCUCAGCCUCGUCUUAUUCUUGCACACACCAUAGACGAGUAGGUCUGGCUAAUAUUUUCUGGUUUUAGUAUUUUACCUAUCUUGCUUUCAGAACAUAUUGCAAGAUCAACCUCAAGUGUUAACAUUUCGUUUGGUCCAGUUUUUUUGGAAUAAGAUUUUCUUCUUAAAUGUAGUUUCCUUCUGUUAAUAUUUCUUCAUCAUUGGAGCAAUA